AUGAUGGGAGACAAGCGCAUCGCGGAGGAAACCGAACCUGACAGCGUUGAUAAAAACGGAGACCGUUCAUCCAACAUGCCGACGAUAGACUGCGAAGGGGACCCUGUGCUUUGCAACGUGGGAGGAUACUUCUUAAUUCCAUCUCCACCCUCGCGACCCGCGACUCCACAACUAUACUAUGAGAAACAUCCGCCUUGGUGUCCUGUCGCUGAGGAUAAUGAUUUUGAGAUGACCAGGACUUGUGAGCCGGUGGAUCUUGGGUCGGUUUGGGCGGACUAUCGUGCGAGGCGUGGCAAAAGUACUCCGGUGCAGUUCUUGCCCAGCGAUGAGUCAGACGAUGCGAUAUCGUCUGGUUCUUGUGAGGGAUAUCUCGACGACGAAACGCCGGAUGAGGUAGACGUCGUGUCUGGGGACGAAGAUGGUGAGCGGUAUUACAGUAUGGUGGCUCCCCAUGUUAGGCCUAAAAGCCCGAUCGAGAUGUUGGAGGAUCAGUCACUGCGGUUUUAUGGCUUAAGGCAGGAGUACUACCCAUCAGAAGAGUAG